AUGCCGGUCCGCAAUAACUCAAGGCCCGCCCUCACUCCCGUCGUUCACUCCCGUCGUUCUCUCUCUCCCGUCAAACUCUUUCUCCCAUCGCGCUCUCACUCCCAUCGCUCUCUCACUCCCGCAACGCUCUCACUCCCGUCGCUCUCUCACUCCCGUCGCUCUCUCACUCCCGUCGCUCUCUCACUCCCGCAACGCUCUCACUCCCGUCGCUCUCUCACUCCCGUCACGCUCUCACUCCGUCUCUCUCACUUCCGUCACGCUUUUACUACCGUCGCUCUCUCACUCCCGUCGCUCUCUCGCUUCCGUCGCGCUCUCACUACCAUCGAUCUCUCACGCCCGCAACGCUCUCACUCCGUCGCUCUCUCACUCCCGUCGCUCUCUCAUUCCCGUCGCUCUCUCACUCCCGUCGCUCUCUCACUCCCGUCGCUCUCUCACUCCCGUCGCUCUCUCACUUCCGUCGCACUCUCACUCCCGUCGCUCUCUCACUUCCGUCCCGCUCUCACUCCCGUCACCCACGCACGUCGCUCGCACAUGUCGCUCAUAUCUGCUCCUUCCCCCCUCUUCCCCCUUGCGCCCUUCCCCGUUCCUCCUCUUCCCAUCUUCCUUUCUCGCCACGUUUCUCCCUCCCUGUUUCUUGUUCUUCACUCCGUUUCCCCCAUUGUCCUUCCCUAUCUUUCCCCCCGGUCAUUCCCUCCAUCUCACUUAUUGUCACUGCCUCCCUUUCCCAUUGUCCUCUCCUCCGUUUCGCCCCUUUUUCCUUCCAACCUUUCCCCCAUGUCCUUCCUUCCGUAUUCCCCCUUAUUUCUUCCUCCCUGUCCCACUUUCCCUCCUUCUCAAGACCCUUGUCCGUCCCUCGGGCUCCCCGCUUCAGCUCUCCCUCCCUUUCCCCCCUGUUCUGCCCUCCCAGUUGCUGGUGUCUCCCUCCCUUUCGCCCAAGUCCUUCCCUCCGUUUCCCCCCUUGUUCGUUGCUCCAUAGGGUUCCUGCCGGCGGCAGCAGCAGCCAACCUCACAGAGGAAGUGGUGGUUCGCUUUGACUGCCUUUCCAACGCUCGAGAGCUCUCACGCCCACGACCACAGGCACACCACACACCCCUGACACUGAGGUAG